UCCGCCGUGACGCCAUGGCUGUGGCGCCUCUGGAGCUGCGGUGGCUGCGCCUGUUACUGGCCUGGCGAGCGGUGGAGGCGGUGGUCUUUUCACCGCAGGUGGAUGCCGAGAUAGCAGAACUGCAUGCUUCGAUCGAGGAGCUCUGGCAGCGUUUAGGGAGCUUGGCAGAGGAAAUGCAUGAGGCUGGAAAGUUGAGUUCUGGCGAGGAGUCCCAGUUGCUGGAGCAGUUCCGAAAGCUGCAGGAAGACUUCAUCCAGCUACAGCAACAGGCAUAUCAAAUUGGAGAAGACUCAGCGGACAACGCGGCACUGGCGAGACAUCCAUUGGUGGAUGCCUAUGUGGAAUACCUGAGAGCCUUCCAGCCGCGUCUUCAGGCGAUGGUUUCCCUCAUAGAGAAGGAAUACAGCCGAUUGAUGGUAAAGCCUCUGGACCAGCGGAAGGAGGAGCUGCGUCGUGAGAAAUUCUGUGGCGCCUCGUUGUUGACGCUUCGUGCAAAGGCCAAGAAGCGUCUGGCGCGCGACACCAGGAAUUUCAAGACGAAAGCCAUGGAUGAGUUGACCAUCUUUCGUGAGAGACAAUUGGAGAUGCAGGACAAGCAGCGCGACAUGUUGGCGCGGAUGGAGGGCCCAGACUGGCCUCGACUGGACUGGCCGCUGAGCAACGCGGACGCGCGGCACGUGGGCGAUGCGGAGGAUAUCAUCCACAGCGGCAUCGAUUCCUUGAAAGCGCGGUUGGCGCCAAAGGAUAUCCCAUAUCUUCACGAAAGUCAAGAUCAAGAGGCUCUAGAGGCCUUGGUUGCGACUGGAGAUAUGAUGGUGUGCUAUUCCAAGCUGAUGGAUAGAUAUGUUGAGAAGGUGAAGAAGUCUCAGAAAGCCAAGAAAGUCAUCGCGCGGGAGGAGGUCCGAAGUAGCCUGAAAAGCUUCGGCAAAGCCACUGCCUCCGCGCGGCCCUUCGCGUGGCUCCACGCCCUCGCAGGCGGCGGCGCCGGCGACGCACGGCCCGGAGCCGGGGGAGCUGGGCUGUCCUCGGGGCUCGGCGGCCUGGCUCAGCUGGGAAGCAGCCUGGGCGGCCUGGCGCCGGCCGAGGGCGACGGCCUGGAACCCGAUGAGAGUGGACCCGAGGAGGUCAGGUGGUCUGCGGCUCAACCUGUCUAUAACGACUUUGAGCUCUGACAGCUUGAGAUUUGUAGGUUUCGUGGUAAAAAUGGAGAAGAUGGAUGAUGACG